AUGGUGAUAGCUACCAUGUCCCGGCGUCCGCUGCUGCUGCUAGCCCUCCUGGCGGCCGCGCUCGCCAACCAGUUAGAAGACAUACCACAUAAUGAAGUUAAAAAUUGGGCGUUGAAGUUCGGCGUCGACCUGUGGGAAUUCGGGAGGCAUUUUACAAAAAUGAACCAAAUACAAAAUAAAUACCGCGAAUACAACGUAGAAGUGGUACGGAAGGAUGGAUUGCUUCUAGUUCGCGAUCUAGCGGCUGAAGUCAAAAACCACAUGGACUUCAAAAUCAAUGCGGUUAUGCGUAUUAUGGAUUCCGCGGAGGCUGCAGCGCUGUCUGCCAGUGGCGCAGGAUCAGAUGGAACUCCUGGAACAUACUAUGACGCUAGGUGGCUGAACGUCCACGCCGAUGAUGGAACACUAGCGGCGCGUGCUAGACGACUCCUCUUAUCCCCAAGUAGACAUUUCGACCAUAUCGCUGUGAACACGAGUUACAGCGCAGUGCUGAUGCCGCCCUAUAUUAAUACUGAAGACCUGGAAGUACAGAACCAGAUAGCGUGGUCCGAGCACUUGGAUCCUCUGUUCGUGAAUAAUUACGAGAUAGACCCGACGCUGUCCUGGCAAUACUACGCUUCGUCGUCCGGUUUCAUGAGGAGAUAUCCAGCCAUGUCAUGGCCACCAGAAGACGGCUAUUCCCACCACGCUCGUGAUUUCUACGACUUUCGCUCAUCGAAUUGGUUCGUGGAAGCCGCUACGUCACCAAAAGACCUGGUUAUCUUAAUCGACGACUCAGACGACAUGGGUUCGUCUUAUAGAAGACUGGCGAAGGCGACAGUAUCUGCUCUGCUGGACACUCUGGGACCCAAUGACUUCGUGAAUAUCUUCAGAUAUAGUGACACCGUGUCAGAGUUACAUCAGUGUUACACGAAGAUCCUAGCGCAGGCCGUUCCCGAAACAAUACGAGAGUUAAAAAGUGCUGUUUGGGGAGCCGAGCCAUCAGGAGGAGCAGCUAAUUUGACUGGAGCCCUUACAACUGCUUUUGAAAUACUUCAUAGGUAUAACAGGACCGGACAGGGUUGCCAGUGCAAUCAGGCGAUAGCGGUAGUGGGCGCGGGUGGUGGGGCCGGCGGGGUGAAGGGGGUGUUCCGUACUUGGAACUGGCCGCAUAUGCCUGUCCGAAUAUUCACGUAUCGAGUUGGAGGUGAUGCGGCUUCGGGAAGCAACAUGAAGGAUAUGGCUUGCACCAAUAAAGGAUUCCACGUAACGAUAAAUGACCACGGCGAAGUGAAAUCUAAGGUGUUGCAUUUCGUCGAAGUUCUUGCUAGACCUCUGGUUAUGUACCAGAAUCUGCAUCCAGUACAUUGGAGUCCGGUCUAUGUUGGAGGAAGGAGUAGCAGCUUGGACGACGAUGGAAUGGGCCAACUUAUGACAUCAGUUACUGUACCAAUCUUCGACAGGAGAAAUCAUACCCAAAGGGAAGCUAAUCUGCUCGGAGUAGUUGGUACUGAUGUUCCUGUUGACCAGAUAAAGAAGCUCGUUCCACCGUAUAAGCUCGGAGUAAAUGGGUACUCAUUUAUGGUGGAUAACAACGGGCAUGUUUUGUAUCAUCCUGACUUAAGACCUUUGUACACUGAAACAUUACGUCCACUCUACUCAAGCGUAGAUCUUACUGAUGUAGAAUUACUUGUGGAUUCAGAUGAAAACUCUCGUGUCAACCUCACUUCUCUACUUCUUGACCUUCGUCACGAUAUGAUAGAACAACGUGAAGGUGAAACGGAAAUCGGUGUAAAGGUCCAAUAUGAUGGUAUGAGGCGAGUGGCUACACGCCGUCAAAGAUACUUCUACAGUCCAGUGGAGGGGACCCCAUACUCCCUGGCCGCUGUUCUACCGGAUGGCUACGGAAUGUACGAACUGCAGGCGGAACAGGAAAUCAAACAUAGCCCGAUCAAUAUUACGGAAUAUUUCAAAGGGGAGAAUUGGAAGGUUCAUCCAGACUGGGUGUACUGUGAAUACGCGUCAACUUCAGACCAAACGUUUAACUCUCCUGAGGAGCAGUUGCUUCACUUCUUGACUCGCACCGGUCGUCCCGGAUGGAAGUGGAUGUCACUACGACCUCGUGCCCUGACGCUGCAUAACGCGCAUAAGAAACAAGAGAGAGACUCUUACUAUUGUGAUAAAACACUAGUACAGUCUCUCGUUAGAGACGCAAUGGUAAUAAAAGAAUUAGACACGCAUACAGGACAUGCCAGCCACCACUCCCAACAAGGCCGAUUCCACAAGUUCGUGGUGACGAUGUCCUUCAUUGCGACCAGGAGUGGUCUUCUCAAAUGGACUGAGAACGUCAACACAUCAAGAUCUACGGAUUCUAUAGAAUCUCACUUCAGUGAGAAAUACGCACGAUCGUUCGAUUCCGAAUGGUAUCGACGUGCAGUAGAACACCACUCCAUAGAACCGGAGAGUUUCGUCUUUUCCGUGCCUUUCCGUGACGGUUCCGAAGCUGAUGACUUCAAUGGGAAACCGCCUUUAGUCCUGGCAACGCACGCUGUGUUCGUCGAGUCUAGGGGCCAUCGUGCACCAGCUGCGGUCGUUGGUUUACACUUCCAGCUGGAUUCCCUCGCGAAACACUUCUUGAAUGUCACCUCUACGUGUACCGCUGGCAGUGUCUGCAAGAAAACAUGCGCCGGCGACGAGCUAGACUGCUACAUCCUGGACGACAACGGUUUCAUAAUUUUAUCUGAAGAUGCAUCACAAACUGGAAGAUUUUUCGGUCAAGUGGAUGGAACUAUAAUGGACUCUUUGGUCCAAGACAAGAUUUACAAGAAAGUAACGGUACACGAUCAUCAGGGAAGAUGCCCAGAUUCAAGAAACCAAUUUAGUGGCGAUGGGAACAAGUUGACACCCAUGAAACCUUUAUCGUGGCUUGGUGGAUAUCUUGCAAGGCUCUUGACGGUGUGGUACCCGUUGUGGGAUUCCGUUCUGGCUUAUCCUUACACAGAAGAUGAAACUGAUUACGAAGACUACGAAGGCGAAGAGGACCUGGAGCGAGAUCGUGGGAUGUACGAGAUAAUAAUCGAUGGUGUUGGCGAUGUGAGCCCGGAGCCCAGCGCUGCACCUCCUCACACACCAAGGGAACCCCCACGUGAAGCGGCCCGUUCAGCGGCUGUGAGACCGUGCGAUACCAGCGCGGAAUUGUUCACGUUGCAGAGUACCAGGUUAAACGCCGCCCAGCCGUUGAAGGGGAAGCUGACUAAUUGCCAUAAUUCUGGUUGUGAAAGACCAUUCAGCGUGCAGAAGAUCCCCCAUAGCAACCUGAUCCUCCUGGUAGUGGACACGCUAUGUCCGUGCGGCGCCAAGCGUCUGGACGUGCGGGCACGGGAGGCCCCGCCCCGCGCCGCCUGCCGCCGCCCACCGCGUGCGACGCAUCGCCGAAGACCACGUACCUGCGUUUCUUAUCAUCCUGAGGAAAUCGAGAUCCAGUCGUGCGGUGGCGCCGGUCGCUUCGAGGCGCUGCCCGCUCUCUUUGCCGCGCUCCUACUACGGUUAUCACUCUCCUUCGCCACGUGA